AUGGGUCCCGGAGUCACCUAUCCAUGGGGAAGCCGGCUCUCUGGCUUCCAAAUGAGGACUUGGAUCGAGCCUGUGGUGGCCUCAACCCAGGUGGCCGGCUCCCUCUACGAUGCAGGACUACUACUGGUGGUGAAAGAAUCCUUCGCAUCCAAUCACACUGCCAGCCAGUCGCUCAGGGGGCAUCAGGAGGACCAACAGCAGAAGGCCAUCUCCAACUUCUACAUCAUCUACAACCUCGUGGUGGGUCUGACACCCCUACUGUCUGCCUAUGGACUAGGCUGGCUCAGUGACCGCUACCACCGCAAGAUCUCUAUCUGCACAUCAAUGCUGGGCUUCCUGCUGUGCCGCAUCGGACUCCUACUCAAAGUGAUGCUGGACUGGCCAGUGGAGGUGAUGUACGGAGCAGCGGCUCUCAGUGGGCUAUGUGGGGGUUUCUCCGCUUAUUGGUCCGGCGUCAUGGCCCUGGGAUCCCUGGGAAGCUCUGAAGGCCGCCGCUCCUUGCGCCUCAUCCUCAUCGAUUUGGUCCUGGGCUUGGCUGGGUUCUGUGGGAGCAUGGCCUCGGGGCAUCUCUUCAAGCAAAUGGUUGGACACUCUGCUCAAGGCCUCCUGUUAACUGCCUGCAGUGUGGGCUGUGCGGCUUUUGCCCUUUUCUACAGCCUCUUUGUGCUGAAGGUCCCUGAGUCUGUGUCCAAGCCCAACAAUGUAUACCCCACCGUAGAUACUGUGUCUGGCAUGGUGGGCACCUAUCGAACCCUAGAUCCAGAUGAACUGGACAAGCAGAAUGUAUCAGGGAACCCUCUGACUUCUGGGAAAAGGAAGCCCUCCCUAACCAUCAUCACCCUGCUAUUUGUGGGUGCCAUCGUCUAUGACCUGGCUGUCGUGGGCACAGUGGAUGUCAUGGCCCUUUUUGUGCUAAAGGAGCCUCUCAGUUGGAACCAAGUGCAGCUGGGCUAUGGGAUGGCUUCUGGAUACAUAAUCUUCAUCACCAGCUUCUUGGGUGUUCUAGUCUUCUCCCGCUGCUUCCGGGACACCACGAUGAUCAUAAUUGGGAUGGUCUCCUUUGCGACUGGAGCCCUUCUCUUGGCCUUUGUGAAGGAGACAUACAUGUUCUACAUUGCUCGAGCCGUCAUGCUCUUCGCACUUAUCCCCAUCACGACCAUCCGAUCAGCCAUGUCCAAACUCAUAAAGGACUCUUCCUACGGAAAGGUGUUUGUCAUACUGCAGCAGUGUCUAGCUCUGACUGGUGUGGUGACAUCCACCAUAUAUAACAAGAUCUAUCAGCUCACCCUGGACAAGUUCGCUGGCACCUGCUUUGUCCUAUCUUCCUUUCUCUCCUUCUUGGCAAUUGUCCCAAUUGGCAUUGUGGCCUACAAACAAGUCCCAAGGCCCCAACAAGGAGAGAGAGCAGAGAAAUGAAGGAACUGAAAACACCAGUAAUAUCCAGGUUCUGUCCCCGAAAUCCACAUUCCAGCCUUCCAAUGACCUUGGGUCCCUGUGGGAGGGAAAAAUCACUUUCUGGGUAUUGGAGAAAAUCUAGUUCUUGGAUGCCUCUGCAGAGCAGAUGUUAGGGUCUGUGGGUACAAGCUGCUUACACAGGCAUCCUAGAUCCUGGAGGGGUUCAGGCUCCUUUCAGCCUUUCUCCCACCACUGUUUUAAAGACUCCAAUGGAGGGAUAACAAGUCACAUAGGCACAGUGCUAGAAAUUCCAUGGAAGACUUAGCCUGCAUUUCACCAGCCCAAGGGGAGUGAACAUGAAAUGGACAUUUUAUAAAAACUGACAUUUUUGUAUGCAUGACAAUAGUUUUCAAGUUAAUGAAAAAUCUUGAAAAAGUGAGUUUUCUUGGUUGACUGGAAACAAGAGAGCAUCAAAGUGCAGGGUAGUGUUACCACUGUUGCU